AUGAACGAGCAAAUUAUAUACACUACCAACGCUACUGGUGCUAUUGCUAGUAUUCAUUCUUUUGAACAGUCAAAUCUAAGACAAUGUAAUGUGGAUUCACUUAAUAGUGCCGUUCAAGUUGGUGAUAAAUAUUUAUUUGUUGCUCAAGCUAAGAAGGCAUUGAUCAAUGUCUACGAUAUAUCGGGAUUACAAAAGAGAGAAUCAGUGGAACAGAGAUUACCUUUACCAGAGAUCGUUAGCUGUUUAGAGGUUGUCCCAAAUUCAACGGACAUCGGUACCAAUGAUAAUAUUCCUUAUUUGUUGUUAGCCUCCACGCCGUCUGGCAAAGUUUAUGUUUGGGAGGUGAGUUCAGGUAUUUUACUCUCGGUGAAACCGAUGGCGCAUUAUCAAGCCAUCACUAAGAUCAAGUCCAUUUUAGGCGGUAAGUAUAUUGUCACUGCUGGUAAGGAUUCUCGUUUAAUGAUCUGGCAAACAACCGAUUUUGUCAGUUCUGAAGAACCUAGACCUGUGGCAAUUUUGCAUGAUCAUACCCUAGCUGUUACUGAUUUUGUAGUCUCUACUACGUAUGGGGACUAUCUUUCAUCUUCUGGUACAAAGUUAUAUACUGCUUCUCAGGACGCUACUGUAAGAUGUUACGAAUUGAAUACUUUAGCCACUCAAAUGCCAAUUGGUAAGAAAUUAGAUAGCAAUGAUGCUAAUUUACUACAACCAAAACUGUUAGUAACGUUUACUUUACCGUAUGCCGUAGCUACCCUUUCAUUAGAUCAAGCGGAUAGGGCGCUAUACAUCGGCACGAGCAAAGGUUGUUUCAAUCUACCUCUAUUCUACCAAUUACCUGGGAAUAGAAUUGUCAAUUUAACACAGUCUAUAAGUGAAAAAUUGACAAGCAAAGGUAAAGUCUUUUCCUUAACGGAGCUUCUACCUGGACAGGACGAGCAUCAGAAGCCUCAGGAUUUAUUUGCCAUUGGCCAGAUCCUGAUGAACAAAAUCAGUGAUUUAGAUGUUAAAUGUUCCCAGUUAUCUCUAGACGGGUCACAAUUAGUAAUUGGUGAUGCAACUGGCAAAAUAUCGAUUAUUGAAAUUUUCUCCAAGCAAAUAUUGAGGACAAUUUCUCCUGCAACUACUCAACAGGACUCCGUAGGAAGCGUAACUAAUCUUCUAAUAAGCACACAAUAUAAAGAAUCCUCGCAUAUUGAAUUAUUCAAUGGUUCUAAAAGUGACUCUGGCAAGACGCAGAAACUACCAGCUUUGCAAAGAGCUAUCUUCGAUAAUAAAAAAGAAGGAACUUUGCACGAUAUUUGGAACCAAUUCAAGUCUCCAGCUUUCGAGACAGUAGCACCACUAGAAGAUUUCGAAACUUAUCUUGAUAACAUGAAAAAUCAAGAGUCCGUAUUCUUAACAGAAUCAAAUAGAGAUUCCAACAGCAUCAAUACGGUUACUGCAAACACAGAAAACAACACAAAUGCCUCUGAAAACUCAUCAAAGGACAAAGAAAUCCAAGAAUUGAAGAACAACGUUCAGUCACUAACUGACGCCUAUAAGGAACUACGAGAAAUGCAUGAAAAGUUAUUAACUGAGAACGAAACUCAACUUCAAAAGGAUUCAACCUGA